AUCAUUAUGCUGUCCACAUCUGUCAUCAAUAACACUGCCUUUCAUCCUUCCACAUUUAUUCUACUUGGAAUCCCUGGAAUGCAAGAUCAGCAUGUGUGGGCUGCCAUCCCCUUCUGCUCCAUGUAUAUCCUUGCUCUGGUUGGCAAUGGCACCAUCCUCUACAUCGUCAUGACAAAUAGAACUCUACAUGAGCCAAUGUACCUCUUCCUGUGCCUGCUUUCUAUCACUGACCUGGUUCUCUGUUCGACCACAUUGCCCAAAAUGCUAACAAUAUUUUGGUUUAGGUCCCACAUAAUUUCCUACCAUGGCUGCCUCACCCAGAUGUUUUUUGUUCACACUAUUUUUGCCACAGAGUCGGCUGUUCUACUGGCCAUGGCUUUUGACCGCUAUGUGGCUAUCUGCCAUCCACUUCAUUAUACGUCCAUCCUCAAUGCCACAGUGAUUGGGAAGAUUGGUCUGGCAUGUGUGGUCCGUGGCCUUCUCUUUGUUUUCCCCUUCGUCAUCCUCAUCAAACGUUUACCCUUCUGUGGACACCACAUCAUCCCCCACACUUACUGUGAGCACAUGGGCAUUGCCAAGCUCGCCUGUGCCAGCAUCAAGCCCAACACCAUUUAUGGACUCACUGUGGCACUUUCAGUCACUGGCAUGGAUGUGGUCCUCAUCACCACCUCCUACGGCUUGAUCCUGCGGGCUGUGCUGCGCCUGCCCUCCAAGGAUGCCCAAUUCCGAGCAUUUAGCACUUGUGGAGCCCAUAUUUGUGUGAUUCUGGUUUUCUAUGUACCUGCCUUCUUUUCAUUUUUCACCCACCGCUUUGGCCACCAAGUACCUCCUCAUGUCCACAUUGUACUUGCAAAUCUCUAUCUCCUCGUGCCCCCUGUUCUUAACCCCCUGGUCUAUGGCAUCAAUACCAAACAAAUCCGCCUAAGAAUAUUUGGCUUUUUUAUGGGAAGGAGGUAG